AUGGCCGGCUCACAAGACAGCUACCGCAAGGAACGACGGCGCCGGUCGCCUUCUGACCCUGGACACUCAGAUAGAGACGGCGAUCGAAGACGACGCGUGCGUGACGAAGGACACCGAGGCGAACGCAAGAGCUCUCGCAGAGACAGCUCAAGACGACGGUCCUCGCGCAGUCCAACCGGACGUGAGAGCCGCCGACGAGAAGAUGGAUCUGAUGACCGAAGGCGACGGAGACAUCCAUCGGAGGAGCGCCGACACCGACGACAUCGUGAUCGAGACUAUGCCGAUCGAGAGAAAUCUUCGCGGAAACAUCGAAGCCGAUCCCGGUCUCGUUCUCCGGCUCGACACUCACGCAGCCCACGACCAGGUGCCGUCGCGCGCUCGAAAGGCCCUCUCCCAUCUCAAAACGACGCCUACGCAUCCGAAAUCGCCCAGGGAGGGGAGGGGUCGGCUCCGCCGCCGGAGAAGGAGAAACCCAACUAUGAAAACACGGGCCGCUUGGCUGCUGAGACGAACACUGUGAAUGUCAACGGAGGGACAGUCGUGCUCAAGUACCACGAACCUCCCGAGGCGCGCAAGCCUCCGGCCAAGGAGCCCUGGCGGCUCUAUGUGUUUAAGGGACAAGAUCUAUUGGAGGUGGUGGAGCUCGGGGAACGCAGCUGCUGGCUCAUCGGAAGGGAGCGUCUGGUUGUGGACUUUCCAUUGGAUCAUCCCAGCUGCUCCAAGCAGCACGCGGUCAUCCAAUUCCGAUUCGUCGACAAGCGGAAUGAAUUUGGUGAUCGCGUUGGGCGCGUGAAGCCGUAUCUCAUUGACCUGGAGAGCGCCAACGGUUCCCUCGUGAACGGGGAUCCGGUUCCCGCUGGACGCUACGUCGAAUUGAGAGACAAGGAUGUCCUCAAGUUCGGAUCAAGCUCGAGGGAAUACGUGCUCAUGCUCCCGCAGCCGGAUUGA